AUGGCGGGCGGUUUCCCUUUAAGAAAAUGGACGAGUAAUAACCCAUCAGUUCUUGACUGCAUUGAAAUGCAGUUUCGCAGUCCCGUUAACUCCGUAUCCAUUAAUGACAAUAUUGUUUAUGCACUAGGCGUCACAUGGAACACUACGUCAGAUAAUUUCCAAUUCAAGUUAAACAAACCUCCAUCCAUUAAUACAUCAAAACGUAUCGUACUAUCACAAAUUGCGCAAAUAUUUGAUCCGCUAGGCCUUCUAUCUCCGAUCAUUAUCAAAGCAAAAGUCUUCUUACAGGAAUUGUGGGCAAUUAAGUUAUCUUGGGAUGAAAUCUUACCUAACUCUCAACUCUUGAAUUGGCAACAAAUCCUUCAAUCUAUGGCCGGAGUUGAUGUUAUCAAAAUCCCAAGAUGGAUAGGCUCAAACACAACAAAUCCAAUCGAGAUUCACGGAUUCUGCGACGCAUCUCAAUCAGCUAUGGCCGCUGUCGUUUACGUAAAAACUCUUCACCCGACUAGAGAAGCAAACACUUCCAUUCUUUGUUCAAAAACCAAAGUCGUGCCUUUAAAACGAAUGACAAUCCCUCGACUCGAGCUAUCAGCGGCCAUCAUGCUUACAAAAUUAAUUCAUCAUGUUCAACAAGUUUUGAACUUGUCUAAUUCUUUAUGUUAUCUUUGGACGGAUUCUUCAAUCGUUCACACUUGGUUGAGCAAACAUCCUUCUCAUUGGAAAGAUUUUGUUCACAAUCGAGUGUGCUUUAUACAAGAAACAUUGCCUCAAGCUAUCUGGCGACACGUAUCUGGAAAAGACAACCCUGCUGAUUGUGCCACCAGAGGUCUAUCAGCUUCGCAAUUGCGAGAUUUUCACUUAUGGUGGACAGGACCUGUAUGGUUAUCAAAAAAAUCAUCAGAAUGGCCAAAUUGCUUUCCGACCUUUGAUAUAGUACAACAUCAUCUGGAAGAGCGAUCCUCUUCAAAUGUUACAAGUCUACAAACAUCAAAAUAUCAAGAACAUAUUUGGAAUCUUAUCUUGCGUUAUUCGUCCUUCAGUCAAUUACUCCGAAUAACUGUCUUAUGCAAAAGAGUUAUCCUACGCUUGAAACGAGUCCCAAAGACUUCCUUCAAAUAUGCCAUUAACCCUGAUGAAAUCUUAGAAGCUCAGAAAUUCUGGAUUCAAAGAACCCAACAAAAUUAUUUUGCAAGAGAAAUCAAGUUGCUCUUAACCAAGGCGGAUCUACCUAAGUCAAAUCCUCUCAAUUGUCUAUGUCCAAUCAUCAACGAACAAGGUUUAUUACGCGUUAGGGGUCGGCUAGAAAAUUCAACCCUCGAACAAACAGCUAAGCACCCUUAUAUAAUUCCAAGACAAUCUGCUUUGAGCACCUUGAUCAUCCAGGACGCACACAAACGAACUUUACACGGCUCAACUCAAGACACGCUUUCUUUUAUCCGAAACACAUACUGGAUAUUAGGAGGCAGAGCACCAGUACGAUCCUAUAUUCUCAAAUGCGUCAAGUGCGCUCGUUAUCGCCGAACUCAAGCUCAACAAAUCAUGGGGCAAUUACCCGCUUCUCGAGUUAAUCCGUCUCGUGCUUUUUUACAUAGCGGAGUAGAUUAUGCCGGUCCUUACAACCUUAAGUCCUGGAAAGGUAAAAAUGCUCGUUCUUUCAAGGUUUGGAUCGCUCUGUUCGUAUGUCUUAGUACAUCAGCUAUUCAUCUCGAGAUCGUCACCGAUUAUACUACUGAUGCAUUCGUCGCCGCCUAUAAGCGUUUCACUGCUCGGAGAGGGAUUUGUGCUUCCCUCACAAGUGACUGCGGUACUAAUUUUAAGGGAGCAGAACAGCAGCUAAAACAUCUUUUUUCAGAAACCUCUUCUGAACUUCAACGACUAGCUUCUAUAAUCGCUAAUGACGGUACUAAAUGGAUCUUCAAUCCACCAUCAGCUCCUCAUUUCGGAGGAAAAUGGGAAGUUGGCGUGAAAUGUUUGAAAUAUCACUUAAAACGUACCACAGGAACCUUGAAUCUUACUUACGAAGAAAUGACUACCCUUUUAACAAAAAUAGAAGCCAUUCUUAAUUCCAGACCUUUAUGUCCUCUUACAGAUGAUCCCAACGAUUUAGACGUCCUAACACCUGGCCAUUUCCUUAUCGGUCAACCAUUAACGCUUGUACCAGAACCAAACCUAAUACCUAUCAAAACUUCAAGAUUAUCCCGUUGGCAACGAAUAAGUCAAAUGUUACAAAAUUUUUGGUCAAAGUGGUCAAGAGCUUACUUACAACGCUUUCAAGCAAUCUACAAAUGGAAACACCGAUCUACACCCAUACGAAUCGGAACCUUAGUUCUAAUUGUAGAUGAGAGAUACCCUCCCUCCAAAUGGCCUUUAGGUCGCGUAAUAGAAACUUAUCCCGGUCCUGACAACGAAAUCAGAGUUGCUUCUAUCAGAACUGCUACAUCCAUUAUUAAACGACCUAUCGUCAAGCUAUGCCCUCUACCAGUCGAAGCACACGAAGAAGAAAAUUCGUCGCUUGCGUCAACGAAGGCGGGCGGUAAUGUUUGA